UAAACCAGGAGGAACCUGCACCCCGUAACAUCCACGCACCCUCCUCCUGCUGCUCCCUGAACUAGGAGGGACCUGCACCCCAAAAAGGCUGCACCCUAAACCAGGAGGAACCUACACCCCGUAACAUCCACGCACCCUCCUCCUGCUGCUCCCUGAACUAGGAGGGACCUGCACCCCAAAAAGGCUGCUCCCUAAACCAGGAGGAACCUACACCCCAUAACAUCCACGCACCCUCCUCCUGCUGCUCCCUGAACCAGGAGGAACCUGCACCCCAAAGCAUCCGUGUGCCAGCUCCGGCCGCGUCCUGGUGCGAUGGAUGACGCUCUGCCGCUGGAAGCGGAGCUGGAGCACCGGUGGCUACUCAACGCCUCCCUGAACGAGUCCUUCUCCAACCAGUUCGUGCAGCCCCCGUGGCAGGUGGCCCUGUGGGCCGUCGCCUACGCCCUCAUCGUGGUGGUGUCGGUGGUGGGGAACGUGGUGGUGAUGUGGAUCAUCCUGGCUCACAAGAGGAUGCGCACCGUCACCAACUACUUCCUGGUGAACCUGGCUUUCGCCGAAGCCUCCAUGUCCGCCUUCAACACGGUGGUGAACUUCACCUACGCCAUCCACAACGAGUGGUACUACGGGCUGCUCUACUGCAAGUUUCACAACUUCUUCCCCAUCGCCGCCGUCUUCGCCAGCAUCUACUCCAUGACGGCCAUCGCCCUGGACAGGUACAUGGCUAUCAUCCAUCCGCUGCAACCCCGGCUCUCGGCCACGGCCACCAAGGUGGUCAUCGGUGUCAUCUGGCUCCUGGCUUUCCUGCUGGCGUCCCCCCAGGGCUACUACUCGGUGAUAGACGAGCUGCCAGGCCGGCUGGUGUGUCUGGUGGACUGGCCAGAGCACAGCACCAACGUCUACGGAAAAACGUAUCACUUGUGCAUGACCAUCCUGAUCUAUUUCUUGCCGCUUUUGGUGAUAGGAUGUGCCUACACUGUGGUGGGCAUCACCCUCUGGGCGAGUGAGAUACCUGGCGACUCCUCCGACCGCUACCAUGAGCAGGUCUCGGCUAAGCGGAAGGUAGUGAAGAUGAUGAUCAUCGUGGUGUGUACGUUCGCGCUGUGCUGGUUGCCCUACCACAUCUACUUCACCCUGCAGCACUUCAACCCCGACUGGUACCUGCAGAAGUUCAUCCAGCAGGUCUACCUGGCUAUCAUGUGGCUGGCCAUGAGCUCCACCAUGUACAACCCCAUCAUCUACUGCUGCCUCAACGACAGGUUUCGCGUGGGGUUCAAACACGCCUUUCGGUGGUGCCCAUUUGUCAGCGCCGGGGAGUACGAGGGUCUGGAAAUGAAGUCAGCCAGGUACCUGCAGACACAGAACAGCAUGUACAAGGUCAGCCGGAUCGAGACCACCGUGUCCUCGGCGGUUGGCACAGCCGAAGAGGAGCUGGAGGAGAGCAGCAAGGCCAAGCGUCUCUCCGUAGACAUGACCUCCAACGGUUCCUCCCACAGCGACUCCAAAACCGUCUCCGAAAGCUUCAGCUUCUACUCCAACACCCUCACCUAAGUGGCUCCCUGGGCCGCUCACAAGGGUCCCAACAUCCCCUUUCCCUCACUGAGAUGCUCUGGCGCUCAAUCCACCCAGCGUCAUCACCCUGGUUUGUGACGUGCCAGCUUUUUUCUGUGCUGUUUUACCAUCACUUGCUGUGACCUUCUCUCCCCAUCCUUGGGUGAGCCCGAGAACAAAAGCUUUGGAUUAGCAUGUGCUCCACCGUGGCUCGUGUCCAAACACAAGAGAGGUUUGGCUGGUCUCCACCUUGCUCACUGCCUGUCCAACCCACCACGUACCAGGGGGGUGGAGAGGGUGCAGAAAUGGGACAGAGCUGGAUUUUUCUCCUGAACCAUCACUACAACGUUGGCAGGCGCUUCCCUGCUCUCUGCAAGGCAGCAGGGAUCCCCCAGUGCAUCCCACCCCACAAGAAAAUGAACCAGUCUGGUCCUUUCCUCCUCCCAUCUUUAAUUUCAUCCUCCCUGUCACUCCCAGUUGAAUAUCCAGAGGGGUAUUCAAGUCAAAAAUGCUGUUUUCAACUUCAGGAGCCUGCAUGUACCAUGGGGCACCACCAGAUGCUUCAACUCAGAUCCAGGCAUUUCUCCACAGUCUCCACUCACCUCCAGCACCCAUAUCAGCCUGCACCAUGGUCUUCUGUUGCCACUCCACAUCACAGCUCACCAAAACAGGGCUCUCGAAAAGGAUUUCCGAGCUGAGCCAGCCUUUGGUUGCUGUUAAUCAACCGUAUGUGCCAAAAGUAAUCACUGUGAUUUCCUAAAAGGCCCGAGGUGACGGCUCUUGGAUAAAUUUUGGAAGCUUGUGGGGGUCUGGAGAAGAUGAGACUGACCGUACUGAGAUGUUUUUCACAAUCUGGAAGUGUCCAGAGCUGCCCAGAAAGGGGCACAGUAGGUUUUCAUCAGAAAAACAAAGUUUUGCAGUAUACAAGGUUUCAAAGGAAACAAGAAUUUUGCAGACAUUUUUAACUCGAAGGAGGUUUGAAAUGAUUCGCUUCCACUUUCUGGAACUUGUUUUAAUCAGGGAAAUGUGGGGUUUUUUUCCUUUUAAUCCCCCUGUCUUUUGCAUAAAACAUUAAGAUUAUGAUGUGUACAUGGAUAUCUCUAAUAUUUUAGCUUGUUAUGAUGGAUAAUUUCCACUGGGGCUGUUCAUACCAAGGGCUCCUUUGGUCAACAAAUGUAUGAACAUACACUCAAAGGGGAAAAAAAAAA